GCUGUUUUCUUCCCUUUCUUACCAAUCAGUACCUGAUUUUCAAUCUCUACAGAUAUACGUCAACAAGAAUCCCUUUUUCCUUCACAUUUCAAUCUCCCAUAUAAUAUAUAUAUAUAUAUACACACACACACACACUAUACACCACCUCAGCACUCUUCUCUCAAACAUUUGUUCAAACCAAGAGCCAGCAAAUGAGUUAUGAAGAAAUCACCAUCAUCGGUCUGGUCCUUCUCUCACUAUGUGUUGUGAUUCUUGCCCUCAUCCUCUUCAUCAUCUGCAAAAGGAAACCAGUUAAAGAUGAGGAAGAGGAAGCUCUUCCGGUGGCCAAGCUCUCUGCAUCCUCCUAUCCCUUAACGGAAAUCGACGCCGCCACGGACGCCUUCAACCACCGCAGGAUCAUCGGCAAAGGCCGGCUGGGGACUGUGUACGCGGCGGUCAUGCCUAAAGGAGAGCUGGUGGCGGUCAAGAGAAUCCACCCGCGUCUUGUAUUAAACAACGCGGGUUUUGGCUUCUCUUCCAUACUCAAAUGGCUUUCUUUAGCCGAUCAUCCCCACGUGGUGCCCAUCACAGGGUUUUCGGAGGCUCCAGGGGAAAGAAUCAUAGUGAUGGAAUUCGGCGGAAUGCUGAGCCUGGAUUUUUACUUGCACCAAAACCCCGACGGGGCAGCGCUUCUGGACUGGAGCAGGCGGCUGAGGAUUGCGGCCGGGGCGGCCAGGGGAAUCGAGUACUUGCACGAAGUGAUGGCACCGCCUAUAGUACACGGUUGUGUGAAGCCAUCAAACAUCUUAGUGGACGUCAAAUUUUGUGCCAGAAUAUGCGACUAUGGGCUGCAUUUUUUGGCACCCCACGAGAGGCAAGGUCUACUGGGGUACGUGGACCAAGAGUAUUGGAGGGAUAAAAGGGGUGCUUCAAAGGAGUGCGACGUGUUUGGAUUCGGGGUGGUGCUGUUGGAACUAUUGAGUGGGAGAAGAAGCGAACAAGGGUUGAUCGUAGAAUGGGCGUUGCCUUUGAUCAAAGGGAUGAGAUUUAGUGAGUUGUUGGACCCGAGGCUUGCAAUUCCGUCGGAGGUGGAGCCGCUGGUUAGAUUGGGUAGGGUUGCAGUGGCUUGUGUUGGGAAUUGUCGGAAAAAUAGGCCUUCCGUAGCACAAGUAGCGGCAAUUUUGAGCGAUUUGGAGAUGAAUUUAUGAGUUUUUGAUGUUCCAUCAUUUUUAGAUGUUACAUAUUACGCCCAUACAUUAUUCUGUA